GUGAACCCAUCGUCGACGGUUCGCGGAUGUCAAGAGAGAAAGUCAAGUGUCUGUAAUAUAAAAAAGGUGAUACUCUAAUCAUGACCAUGGAUUACCCACCAAGCUGGUAUUUCUUGGUGAUUAUUUCCUUUCUGCUCAUCCCGGCCCAGACUGUAGAAAUAAAUCAGAAACUCAUGAAUUCACCGAUUUCGCCACCGAGUGAUCCACCAUACUGGGAACACAUCCUUCGGGAAUAUGUUUUCAAGACAAUUUCGCCCCCGCCUCCUGCAAACAAUGUUCUGUACAAGAGACUUCUAGAGGCGCCAUUUUACAGUGGUCCAACUCCGGUGGACCAGAGCGGAGAAAAUGUUAUACUUUCCAGUGGGAAUGUUUAUUAUUUACCGAGUGGACAAUGGAUCCUUUGUCAAGAUACGUGCGUCAAUUGCGAGAUUUGUCUAGAACAGAGAAACCCCACGGUUAAGUGGAUAUUAAGGAGGAUUAAACGCACGGUGGAAUUUCAUUCACCGAGGUACGACCUGCAGUUAACGAUAGUGCCCCAGGUGGACGAGAGUUUCCACAUGAAGAAUCUCUGGCCACGAACAUACGUUUACGUGACAUCCCAAUCAGAUCAGACAACGAUCUUCCCCGCUACGCCAAAUCAUCAGGACAGGUACGCGACAUUGACAACCGAACGACCAAUCCCGGAGACCGAUCCUGGAAAGCCAUGGAAAGGAGACCAGCAGAGAAUCUCAGAAAAUGAGAUCACAGAGCGAGCAGAGGUCUCAGACGUGGAAACUGGGAAAAGGGAUCUAGAGAAAUUCCAACCAGUCCCAGGAAUGCAACAUCGAAAUCAGUCCAGAUACAAUCAUCGAUUGUCGAGGAGAAACCGCCAACGGGUGCGACCUCCUGGUUACCCUGGACCCUUAUCACUGUUCCAUCCACCUUCGGGAUUGUUCAACGUGACCGAUAGGCUGAGAUUAGAUGAAGAUCCAGGAAGUCCUCGUUUGAUCCUGGGGACGGAUCAGCAUGGAGAAAAACAGCUGGUCCAUAUCGUCCCAGCUGGCCCUGGAGGAAAAAAUGUGACCCGAAGUCAUGAAGGCCCAUCGACCAGCAAUCCCUUAUCACCAUACGCACGUCACCAUGUCCGACCGGGCAGGACCUUAAAGGAAAUAGAGAUCCAGCCAACUUACCAGAAAAUAUUGCGCAAGGUCAUGAAUUCCCUGACAGCACACAAAGAUUCCAUCGAGAAGUUCCUUUUGUUAGACAAGGUGGAGCCGAAUUUGCUGAAGCCUGUUCGUAGUCCUUUCAAACCGAGCAUGUACGCCACGGAUCGUCCUGAAGACCCGAAAGAAAAUCAGUCACCAGUGGGUUAUCAUCAGCCGAGUGAUCCUAGACAUCUUCCUGAUUUUUAUCCCGAUACUCAGGAUUUAAGGGAGCAUCGUUACUACGAGGCGACCCAGAAUGCUCCGAUUUUGCACGGACAUAAAUCUGAUGACGAGCAGGACGAAGGAACUCACGUGACUCACGGGGCUCAGAAUUCGGAGCUGAAGAGGUCCAGGGAUGCUGGGAAUAAAUCUGGGAACCUUAUCGCGAGGGGAAGGAAUGCAGUUAAUGGUUUCUCUUCGGGAUCAAGGCUGGAGAAGGAUGUCAAUGGGACGUUUGCAGGACUUCCUGGGGACUCUUCGGGUGCAGGGGGUCCUGGGAAUAAAGAUGAGGAUCGUUAUAAGGAGAGGUUUCCUGGUGGCCGAAGGCACAUCGAGAAUAAUGGCCGCAAAAAUACCGGGGCCAGGUCAGCCCCUCGUUCGUCCGAGAAAUCGAGCAGAAGGCGCUACCAGGUUGUCACUGAAAAAACGGAGGAAUUUAGCGGCCACUUUCAGAAAUUAGACAGCUUAUUUAACACGAACAAGACCGCGAAUAUCCCGGAGGCGGUGCUGAAAGAGAUGGCGCGAUCGGUUAUUAAUCGAGCGAAAAGCGUGCCGGGCUUUGAGACGGAUGAUGCCUCCAGUUCUGAUAACGACUAACUCGUAGAAGCUCCAAGACGGC